AUGGUCGCCAAGUGGCCCAGCAUACCUCCGAUCGAGGAUGAAUGUAUUGAUACCCUCGGCCUGAUCGAGGGGUUCAAAGACCAAUACAUGGAAAUAUGCUCGCACACACUGAAACACCCGACUGCGGCAGCUCCGGCGGGCUAUGUUAUGGGUUUGAUGUUCCACGCGAAUAAGGUCAUUACUUUACUGGCUGAACAGCUUCAAUCUUCCUAUCAAAAGAAAUCGGGCUUGGAGGAAGCUCCCCCCAAUCCAGAGCCCCGGACCGUUCCAAAUGCAGGUGUAACGCUUCCCAAUUCCCCGGCCCCUGGGCCGUCUCAAAUCGUCGCGCAGGCCAGUGCGAAUGGAAUUGAGGCCCACGCGGUCGCUGGGAGAACCCGAGAUCUGAAUGAUGGACUUCUCAAUGGGGCUCCCCAGAAUAAAAACCCGGAACUUGUCCCGACGCGCGUCGAGGAACAUGUUGACGACCCGAUGGACGAGGAAGGGGAUGCGAAUGAGAAGGAGAUUCAAAUCGCAGCUUCCAAAAGUUGCAAAGAGAAUACCCAGAAAGAUAAAGCCGACAGUGGAAACUCCUCUAUGCUCCAAUCUGAUUCUAGUAUGGCCGACGCUCAUAUGGCUCAUACUCCAACGGCCGCUGGUGCCACAGUCGACAUCGAAAUGGCAGACAUCAGCAUGACUGAAAGCAACACUGUCGAGAAUGGGUUAAGUGACCCGCUCAGAGAAGACAUGUUAAUCGCCGGGGAUGAGGACCCAAAUGAAGAAGGCGAAGACUACCACUUCGAAGAUGACGGACUUGAUGUGACGUCUGUAUUGUCAUCAGAUAUCGCAGUGACUGAACACAACAACCCAGUAUCCGAGGAACCCCUCACGGCACCAAUACUGUACACUGGCCCGAAUUCUUUCAGAAUACGCUGGGAAUGCUCUGAUCCCCCAUACGCAGCACAGGCGUAUCAACAAUACCACCAAGACCCCCAGAAAAAGCCACUAGCCAUCGUUAUCGAUUUGAAUAAAGCACUGCACACUAGCAGCGACACAACUUUGAAGAAGAAGUUGAUCAAAACUGUCCAAGUUCAAAGAUCGGGGGACUUGGAUGUGUAUCCGUGGGAGGGGUCAAAUAUAGAGUACCUUAUUCAGAAUGCUCAAUACUGGUUUCCUCACCUCAAGAAAGGUGAUGCUGCUCGGGUAUCUGGCCGCUACGUUACAGGCGUUGAUGGCCAAGAUCCUUCAUCCGAGGGGAUUUCAGCACCAACAGGUGUUGAGCAGGUGUUACCAUUUGCCCUCAGGAUCUGUUGGAAAGGAUCGCGUUCUCCGUACAAAAACUGGGAGUCCGACCGUGCAGUACAGUCUAUUUCACAGUCGAUUACAUCUGCUCUACGAUCAAGUCGCAUACGUGGUCUGUCGCAGAUGAAAAUUUUCUAUAUCGAGCACCGGCCUGAGUUCGGGGAUAUCAUACUCUACCCCAAUGGUCACUCGGAAAGGGAAGAGCUCAUCAAGCAUGCUCAUUCUUGGAUACCUUACCUCGAAGAUGGAGAUUCUGCCUGGCUUCCGGGCUUUUAUUACACGGACACCAAAGGUAAACCCACGCCCAACCCUUUUGAGAAUGUGCAUUUCCAGCCAUCGUCGCUACUUGGGAUAACUUGUUGUCCAUUCUACAUCACACUGAAAAUGACCGAAUUCCACGCCAUGGCCUGGAAAGAACAGGGAGGGUCUCUUUCUGAAAUGAGAGAACGAGUUGACACUGCGCUGAAGCGGAGUAGUGAUCCCGAAGUAGCUGCGGUCAAAAUCUCAGGCAUUGUUCAUGAAAGCGAGACUAGGUCGUUGCAUGUUCAUCUCAACUCAAUCGAAGACCGCCAUAUGCUGCAAAAAAAUAUCGAUAAGUGGGAUCUCGGGAUUUUCGAAAAUCCCCCGCCCGUUGCAAUGAAAUCCACGGAGAACGAUACGCAGAGGAGGAAAGAGGACCAGAGAACGAUCACACCAAACCAGAGCAAGAAUCGAGAUCCCAAACCCGGGCCUUCAUACACUCUAAGCAAACCAGUGGUUCCGGGGUACAAUGGCGCACACGGCGGAUCGGUACCGCAAGGGCCUAGGGAUCAAACCUCGACCUCCCUGCCCUUCAACGCACCGGACAGACCAGCUGCAUUCGAGCGCAAUGGUAUUGCCACACAGAAAAGACCGGAUGAUCAAGGGCCCAAAGAUCACAUCUCCAAGAUCCCAUAUGUCCACCCAUCACGAGUGCAGCAAAACGGUGUGCCUAGAGGACCGGAUCCUCGAGGGUCUAAUAUCGCUCCAAACCAGAUGCCUCUCAACAAUCCAAGGUUGCUAGCUGCACCUGUCUACAAUGGUACGCGGCGCAGAUCGGAGCCGCAAGAGCCAAAUGGCCAACCUCCCAAUAGACUUCCCCUCAACAAUCCAAGAAUCCCAGGACCAUCCGGGUACACUGGCACACAUCACAGAUUCGAAACCCAGCAGCCGGAGGUCCAGGCCCCCAUUUCUCAACCCUUCAACCCACCAAACGGGCCAGCUGCAGCCCAAGCCCCAGCCCAUGGUGGUAAAAGCAGAAAAGGAAAUCGCGAGCCGGCAAGACCGAACAAGUUGGCUCAACCGCAGAAUAAUUCGAACCCACCCAAUCCCCCGAGGCCUGGAAAUGCCGAGCAGGGCAAGAGGUCGAAAGGAGACAAAAGACGCGAUGCUCGCCACCGGCAGAAAGCUCGGAUGCGAGAAGUCCAGAACAAGUAA